AAGUCUGGGAUUCUGUAAUCUAGGAAUAGUAUUCUACAAUCUAGUAUUUGCAAUUGUAGCUAAGGUUCACCCACCAACCAUUUUACCUUUUUUCAGUUCAACACUUCACUUGUAUGAGAAUCAACCAAACCUUAUCCACAAAAAACUCAAGUUCUGGCUUGGCAUUCCACAAGCUCACAACAAAUUCUCUAGCAUUCCCUCCAAAUUCUAGGAAAUGGAUCAUUGGAAAUGCAUCACUAGCUAGAGCUAUGUUACUAUGAUCUUGUCAUUGCCAUUUCAUCACAGUUAUUCAGUCCAAUGAAAUUUUGCAUCUUCUCUCAGAACCAAAGCUUUAUGGAUAAGCUAGCUCCCUUUCAUAAUCUUAAUCCUUAUACUGCUCACAUGCUACCAAAAUGCCAUUCACCAACUUCAGUUUCUCUUGGAUUGUCAGAUACUCAGUUCUUUUCUUCAGCUCAAUUUUCCACACCAAGAUUUUCUCCUUCCUUUCAGUCUUUGGAUGAGUUGGGUGGGAUAAGGACUUUGAAUUCUGUCAGGGAAUUGCAUGCAAAGAUGUUGAAGAUCCCAAAUAAGAGGAGCAUGACAACAAUGGAUGGAAGCUUGAUAAGAUACUAUUUGGAGUUUGGAGAUUUCAUGUCAGCAAUAAAGGUGUUCUUUGUGGGUUUUGCUAAGAAUUAUCAUCUCUGCAAUUCUUUUCUGGAUGAAUUUGGAAGUUCUGGAGGUGACCCACAUCAGAUUCUGGAGGUCUUCAAGGAACUGCAUAGUAAAGGUGUGGAAUUUGAUAGCAGAGCUCUCACUGUUGUUCUGAAAAUUUGCAUGAGUUUGAUGGAUUUGUGGGCUGGGUUGGAAAUUCAUGCUUGUUUGGUCAAGAGAGGGUUCCAUGUUGAUGUACAUUUGAGUUGUGCAUUGAUCAAUUUCUAUGAGAAGUGCUGGGGUAUAGACAAGGCAAAUCAAGUGUUUGAUGAAACUUCUCACCAAGAAGAUUUCUUGUGGAAUACAGUAAUUAUAGCAAACUUGAGGAGUGAAAGAUAUGGGAAGGCCUUAGAGCUAUUCCGUAGCAUGCAGUCAGCUUCUGCCAAAGCCACUGGUGGUACCAUUGUCAAGCUGCUGCAGGCAUGUGGAAAACUGAGAGCUCUCAAUGAAGGAAAGCAGAUUCAUGGGUACGUUUUAAGAUCUGGACUAGUGUCAAAUACGUCGAUUUGCAAUACUAUAAUUAGCAUGUACUCUAGAAACAAUAGACUCAAACUAGCUAAAGCAGUUUUUGAUUCAAUGGAGGAUCCUAACUUAUCAUCUUGGAACUCAAUAAUUUCGAGUUAUGCGAUUGGUGGCUGCUUGAAUGAUGCAUGGGACACUUUAAAAGAAAUGGAGCAUUCCAGCAUUAAACCAGACAUUGUAACAUGGAAUUCUCUUUUGUCUGGCCAUCUUCUUCAGGGGUCAUAUGAAAUGGUUCUCUCCAGUUUACGGAGCCUGCGAAGUGCAGGCUACAAGCCAGAUUCAUGUUCUAUAACUAGUGCCCUACAAGCAGUUAUUGAAUUGGGUUGCUUUAAAUUAGGUAAAGAAAUCCAUGGUUACACAAUUAGAAGUAUGCUUAACAGUGAUGUCUAUGUCAGUACCUCAUUGGUGGAUAUGUAUGUUAAGAAUGAUUGUUUAGGUAAAGCUCAUGCAGUGUUCCUUCAUGCAAAGAACAAAAACAUUUUUGCCUGGAACUCAUUGAUAUCUGGUUACUCCUACAAGGGCCUGUUCAGUGAUGCUGAAAAACUAUUGAACCAGAUGGAGGAGGAAGGGAUGAAACCUGAUCUGGUGACAUGGAAUGGUUUGGUUUCAGGUUAUUCAUUGUGGGGCUGUAAUGAGGAAGCUUUUGCUGUGAUCAAUCGAAUCAAGAGUUCAGGACUUCGUCCUAAUGUCGUGUCGUGGACCGCUAUGAUCUCAGGAUGUUCUCAAAAUGAGAAGUAUAUGGAUGCCCUACAGCUUUUCAGCCAAAUGCAAGCAGAAAAUGUAAAACCUAACUCUACUACCGUUUGCAGCUUGCUUCGCGCUUGUGCAGGCCCAUCUUUGUUAGAGAAAGGCGAAGAGGUACACUGCUUCUGUAUAAGACUUGGGUAUGUGGAUGAUGUAUAUAUAGCCACAGCCCUAAUUGACAUGUAUAGUAAGGGAGGAAAACUAAAAGUAGCCUAUGAGGUUUUCAGGAAAAUUAAAGAGAAAACACUACCAUGUUGGAAUUGCAUGAUGAUGGGGUAUGCCAUUUAUGGCCAUGGCAAAGAGGUAAUUACUCUUUUUGACAAGAUGUGUAAAACAGGUAUUAGACCUGAUGCUAUAACCUUCACCGCUCUUCUAUCUGGCUGCAAGAAUUCAUGUUUGGUUGAUGAAGGGUGGAAGUACUUUGACAGCAUGCAGACAGAUUACAACAUUGUUCCGAGAAUCGAGCACUACACUUGCAUGGUAGACCUUCUUGGGAAAGCUGGUUUUCUUGAUGAAGCUUUGGAUUUCAUCCACACCAUGCCAUUUAAGCCAGAUGCCAGUAUUUGGGGUGCUCUUCUUGCAUCCUGUAGAAUUCACAAAAACAUUCAGCUAGCAGAGAUUGCAGCUAGGAAUCUUUUCAAAUUGGAACCUUAUAAUUCUGCUAACUACGUGCUGAUGAUGAAUAUAUAUUCCGACUUAAAUAGAUGGGACGAUGUGGAGCGUCUUAAAGAUUCAAUGGCUGUCCAGGAGAUUAAAUGCCCCAAUGUCUGGAGCUGGACACAAAUUAACCAGACCAUUCAUGUGUUCUCCACAGAUAGGACAUCACAUCCAGAGGAAGGGAAAAUAUAUUUUGAGUUAUAUCAAUUAAUUUCGGAAAUGCGAAAGCUGGGAUAUGUACCUGAUGUUAAUUGUGUAUAUCAGAAUAUUGACGACAAUGAGAAGGAGAAGGUUCUGCUCAGUCACACUGAGAAGCUGGCUAUGACUUAUGGACUGAUGAAAACAAAAGGUGAAUCACCAAUUAGGGUAGUUAAGAACACGAGAAUUUGUCAUGACUGUCAUACAGUAGCAAAGUAUGUUUCCUUGGCUCGAAAUCGCGAGAUUUUCCUCAGAGAUGGUGGCCGUUUUCACCAUUUUAGAAAUGGGAAAUGCUCCUGCAAUGAUCGGUGGUAGUAAGAAACAUUGGCAGAAAGCUGAAGUAUUUUCUACUGUUAUAUUCUUGUGUAUCAGUGGAGGGAGUGUUUUCAUGAAGGAAAUACAAUUCUUAGUUAAGGAAUGACUUUGUUACUUGGGAAUCAAACUCUCUUUGAAAAACACUUUUUCAGAAAUUGCAAUCUUCACCUGAAGUACUUCACUUUUCUGCAAGUCACAGUAUGAAAAUUUUGGUGGCAGAUACAUUACUAGGGGAUCAGCAUCACCAACAAAAUGCCUUAGCUCCGAAUGCAAAUGUAAAUUAUCACACUCUACAACAUGGUCCCGAGAUAACAGUUUACAGUUCUGUGCUACUUGUGCAACAAGUUUAAGUACUUCCAGGUUUAACCAUUGAUAAGAGUCGCAUCUGUUCUGCUUCAUCAGCAAAAGAAAAGUGAACUCAAGAUUGCUUAUAGAAAAUACAUUUCAUAUAUAGCAAUCCAUCUUGACAGAAAGAAGAGUCUUAUAUUUCAUUGAACUUGUGUCUAGAUGCUAUGAUUAUUACGUUUUUUUAAUAUCCUCUUCACUAUCUUUGUCAGAUACACAACGCACAAUGCAUGUAUACAGCUAUUUCCACAGAUAUAAUAUAGAAGCUGAGUAUGAUAAAAAUUAGAACUU